AACAUUGCGGUCAGCCAUCUUGAAUGAUUUCACAGGGUUAUCGACACGGUCGGGCAGUGUCCGCAUAGUGUCCGUCGACAGUUCGGCAAUGUGGUGUUGUGUGUUGCGUUGUGUUGCGUUAACGGCGGUUGUUAAGUGUUUUAGUUUUGCGGAUCGAGGUUGACAUUGGCGCCGGCUCUGCCACGGACAUGGCGACGAUGGUCGCACAUUAAUGUGCAUUAUAUCAACUCGCCGAAUCCGAGUUCUUGUCACAUCGGGAACGAGAACGCGACGCGGAUUGUAAGAAAAACUGCCAGGGCGCCGCCGAACGGAAUAGCGUGGAGUUUGCAAUUCGCACGAUCGAGGGGAUGCUUGCGCACACAUGGUGACAUCGUCUUCCGGGUUGCUGCAAUGAAGUACAUUAAAAGCGAUUUAAAUGACAAUGGGCUGAAACACAUCAAUAAUUAAUAUCUAUACAAAUCUGUCAUAUAUUUUCAGUCAUAGACAUGGCAGCAAUAGAAGAAAAGAAGCGAGUGGGUGGCUCCAAAGUGUCAGCUAUCGCAACCAUCUUCCAAUCGAAGCCGCAAUUAGACAAUCUGAGCCACAGAACAAAUAUUUUGUCAGAUGGGUUUAAGGAGCCAACUGUUCCAUUGAAAGAAUCUCCAACGCAAGUGACAGUGGUUAGGACUGAGAGCCAUGUGGCACGUUUUAACAACGCUCGAGCUCUUUUUGAGAAACUUGGCGAGGAAAACAAAUCAAAUAAACCAGUGGACCGAAUGACGAAGCCAAACAAUCUACACGGUCUACGAUCUCGCUCUAGUUCCGCAAACUCAGGUUCUGGGUGUACAUCGCCCACAAGAUCACCCCGUCCUCGUUCACCAUCUCCUCCUGGUAGCCGUGAACAUCUGAGCACGUGGAGCGCAAGCGUACCGGCUCUAAAUGCCGAACGCCAUUUUGAGAAUGGUCACUGCGCACCAGAGCGACGAUCUGGUCUGGGUAAAGUUGAUCGGACGUUCGGAAAAGAAAACGAUCGUCCGGAGCGACCGGAAAAACCGGAACGUCGACCAAACUCGAAAGAAUUAAUUGAGAAGCAGCGGAACUGGACCAGCCACUUCUCAAAAACUAGACCAAGUCGCUAUAAUUCCGAUCCGAAUCGUUCAUUGGUCCAGACAUCUUUGAAUUCACAGAAUGCUCAGAACCAGAUUCAGUCAUCUUCUGUCGACAUGUGCCAAAGCUCAGCGAGCCCAACGACCAACGAUUCCGUGAAUCCAGCUACGAGAUCAGCAAGUUUCUGUUCAGUACGCUCGCCUCCGCCACCACUUCCACCUGUCAGGAACUCGUCCGCAGCCGGCAGAAAAGAACGACCAGCGAGUAUCGCCUCCGUCAGCCCAUCCGAGUUGCUGGAAAGCCCAGAAUAUGCAACGGUGGAAAGAUUUGACGACAUCUCUCCGACGAUUCCCGAAUACGCCGUUGUGCAGAAAAUAAGAAAAUCUCAAGAUAAUCUGAAAGAGAGCCAAGAUGCCGACAACGAUAAAACUCAAAAUGUUGAGUUGCCAGAAUACGCUGUUGUGCAGAAGAACGUUUCAUCAAAGAUGAUUUUGAAAUCAACGGAAAACGCUAAAGAGAUUUCAAAAAUUACUACGCAAAAUUUGAAAAAUACAGUAGCUGCAGAGCCAACAGCUCUAGGAAACAAAAUCGUGAUUUCCAAGCCAACAGACGAUGUUGACGACAUUUCUAAAGCUGUGCAGAUUCUAAAGAGUCCGACAGUUUUGGAAGCAAUUUCAGGAAGCAAAAUUGGAGUUUCAGUGGAGGUUAACAAGGAGAUUUCUAAAUCUUCUGUACAGAAUUUAAAGGGUUCAUCAAUUGCAGAAGAAGUUUCAGGAUGUAAAAGUGCAGUUUUGAGAUCAGCAGAGAAUUUAAAGGAAACUUUAAAAAAUUUUACUGGAGAAGGAGUUCCAGUAGUCAAAUCUACAAUUUCUAAGUUAACAGACGACUCGAAGAGUGAAAUUAAGGAAGUCUCAAAAGAAAUUAAGAUUUUAACAACCGCGGAUGAAUCAUCAGGUUCUAAGACUAUUAUUGCGAACGAGAGUAAUGACUUUUCUGAGCAAACGAAAGCGGCGCCAGUGUUGCACUGCGAUAUCUCUAGUCCAACUCGAAAUGCUCCGACGGAAAAUAUCUUGGUAAGAAGGGAGAGCGAUUUGUUGGAGGCGCCCGAAUACUUCAACUGUCCUCCAAGCCCGAUUCACUCGCCGGCAAAGACUUCCCAAUGGAGAAAUGAAUGGCUGGCGAAGAACGACGAAAUUCUGAAGAGAACCGUGGAUUUGAGGGAUUUAAAACCUUCGUCGAAGGAAGCUUUGGAGACAGAAUCACGCAACGAAGUGAUUAGGUCAGAUCCGAGACCCGACUGGGCCAGACCAAACGCAAAGAGAAAAGAGUCCACAACAGUGGACGACAAGAAGAUCGAGUCGAUACGCUCUCCAGAAUCCGAAGCGGGUCUGCCUUCCGCGGGUACUGAUAGCGCCUCAUCCAGUAUGAGUUCUCCCAGUUCGCCCUCUAAAGACAGUAAGGAAGAGAAGGCUGAAAAGGAGAUGUCGGAAAAACAUCAAACAGGUCGUAAUAGCUAUGACUUGGAAAUGGAAGACCAGGAGAAGUCAGCUACAGCUACAUACCAGAGCUGCAUUUCGGAUACAGAGAGUCCGCCUGAAAGAGAUCAAUUCAAAUUCAACGAAACAGAUACAACUACGGUCAUUCGACGUUCUCAUGUGCGUCUCGAUCUUCAAGCCGCUGGUUUAGGUCCACGUCCACCUUCUGUUAUUAGUUCCGAUCAAGAAUAUCCUCCUCUUGAACACAAGGAUAUUCCCGUACCCUCUCCGUAUGAUAAAAAGCAGCAACAUGGCGAAGAAAUUGUUUUGCAGUGUAAUAUUGAGCGCAAAAUUCAAUCAAAGCCAAGUACGGAGACAAAAACUCAUAGCAAUACUACAGACGCAAUAAAAAAUAAUCUUACGGAAACUGCGUUGGAAGGAAAAUUGAAGUCCAGCAGCGAUGGAGUGUGUCAGAAGAUGGUCUCGAAUGCAAAAAACGAUCAGAUUAAGAUUAGCGUCAAAGAGAAAAUUGCGAAGAACAAGGAAGAGGUCUCCGGUAAGCGUUCCAGUUUUGUUGAAAGUGAAAAUAAGAUUGACAGUGCUGACAAAACGACUCGUAGCCAGGAGAUGAACAGUUUCAGUUUAAUAGCAAAGGAAAGCAAAGACGAAGAAAAAUACGUGACAGAAGUGAUAAAGUCUGAAGUCAGCAACAGGAAGGAGUGCAUCGCGGCGGUGAACAGCGUUCUGAACAAGAAAACGGAGAGUGUGGAUCAACCGCAAACAACAUGGGAGCAAGAAAAACAGAAAGCUGAACUGGCGAAGCUCAGGUUAUCAGAGAAUUACAAUCAGAACUCCUUGCCGGCGUCUAAUGCGCUUUCGCAAAGACAGUCUAGCAAAAAAUCUAGUGAAUAUUCCGAAUUGGAGAACAGUCAGAUUGAAGACAGUGAUUCCAGUGAUACGAAAACCAUCGUAAAUGUGGAGAAUGUGACAACGGAAGUGCAGAACAAUUCUGUCAGGAUUGAGACACCGUCGAAACUCGGUGUGAACAAUAUCGCUCCUGUAACACCGGAUACUAUGACUCCGGAUGAGGCUGAAAAUCUGCUGAGUUCUCGCAUCUUAGAGAAGAAGAUCAGACAAGGUUCGGCGUUACUGUCGGAUGAGGAAGCGCAGGAGAUAGCGAGGCUACUGUCUCCCACCGGUGCCGGUGAUGCAUUAGGUGACGGGAUUUCUAAUGACAAGGAUAAGGAAGGACAGGACAGGGAUAGAGACGACCAGGACAACACGCCCGACUGGCUGUCCGAUGUCCUGUCUGCUCCUGAUUCCAGUCUUAUCAAUAGCGCCACUCAUGAUUAUAGUCUGUCCCAUAGAUCUCGCAGCGAUCUGACAAUAGAUUCAUUAACGGAAAGUCAAGUAGGAUCAGUAACAGGAAGCGAAAGCGGACUUCUAGGCUCCGUCAGUAGUUUGAAUGACACUCACGAAGUCAAUGACGAUACCGAAACCGAGCAUCAAGACGAUUACAUUCCGACUCCAGGAAAAAUUAUACUUGUGGAAAAUGGCGUGCAUUAUUUCGAGGAUGGUCAUUUCUGGAUGGAAGUCGCAGGAAUCCCAGAAUCCGAUGAGGACGACGAGGAGUAUUCAUCCAAUGUAUCUGCUAAGAAGAGCAGCAAAGUAUCUUUUGAUACCGGUCCUAUGCGCGUUUAUUCCACACAUUCAGUCAACGAAUACGACCGUCGCAACGAAGAUGUCGAUCCCGUGGCAGCUAGCGCGGAAUACGAGCUGGAAAAACGUGUUGAAAAGAUGGAGGUUUUUCCAGUAGAGCUGAUGAAGGGUCCGGAAGGUUUGGGUCUCAGUAUAAUCGGAAUGGGAGUUGGUGCGGAUGCGGGCCUGGAGAAAUUGGGUAUUUUCGUAAAGACUAUUACAGAAAAAGGUGCAGCUGCGCGUGAGGGUCGAAUCCAAGUGAACGACCAAAUUGUCGAGGUUGACGGCAAGAGUCUGGUCGGUGUAACGCAGGCUUACGCAGCGAGCGUGCUAAGAAACACUUCCGGUCUUGUGCGAUUUGUCAUUGGCAGAGAAAAAGAUCCUAAAAAUUCGGAAGUGGCAAUGUUAAUUAGGCAGAGUCUCCAGGCGGAUAAGGAAAGAGAGCUGGCUAAUGCUGCCAACAGAAAGCUCAACUUCUCCGAUGCUUCUCCCGAUAGUCAACGAGGAAACGAGGAUAUUUCCAUCGGCAGCGGAAUGGGCGGAAUCCCCGGUUCGCCGGCUAUGUCCUCCUGCUCAGAAGGAGAACCACCUCAUAGUCCCAUCGAGAAUUACCUGUCUCCUUCCAGUCGUAGUCGAUCUCCGAUACUUAGCUCGUCUGUGCCACAACACAAUACUACCACGCAAAGCGAUGUGGACAGUCUAAGAUUGCUUUUGCAAGAAAGUCAGUAUAAACUUACAUUAGCGAACGAAGAAGUUGAAAAACUCAAAGCGAAGCUAGUGGAACUGGAAAACAGUGGAGCGGGCAGCGAAGAGUACGCGGCCAAAUUGCGAGAAUCGGGAUUGCGUCUUCAUGAAUCGGAAAGAGCGUUGGGCACUGCUCGUCAAGAUCUGUCAGCAGCAAGGGAGAUGCUGUCUCAGGCAACAACGCAGAACGCGGCUCUUCAGCAGAAGUACGCUAGAGCUAGAAGAGCCGCCAGAGAGUUGCGAGCGGAUAUAGCAGCUAGAGACGAGUUCUAUCAGCAGUUACUGCAAGAAAAAGAUACAGAAUAUAACGCGUUAGUUAAAAGUCUCAAAGACAGAGUGAUUACACUGGAGGUAGAGUUGACGGAAACGCAAAGGCGGUUCGGUCUGCCCGUGCGAUUGCCCUACGACAAUGCCACUGCCAGAAUAGCGACACCGCAACUUUCUCGCAGGCAACUGCCGCCACCUCCUUCGUCGACCAGCUGUCAGCUCUCCGAUACAGAAACUUCUGAUCUCAGUAGUCCGGACGACGGUGAUAAGACUGCGACCGUAGAGAGAAAACUGCCUCUGCCGAUGCCAGUGAAGGAGGAAUUGGAUCGCGCUGUGCCAGCCCAUCGUCUACUAGACAAUUCCGCUGGUAAAAGCAAAGCGGAGUUGGCUAGCAGAGGUGGUUUGGCUAAUCGACAGUUGCCCAAACGAUCCGGUGGGCUCAGCAACAGUAGUUCAUCGGACUACGGAUUGGAUGAGUCCGGAGAUAACACGGAUGACGAUUCCUCCUCAAAGCUUACCUCGCAGGACAACAGUAGCAGGUCGCCCAACGAUUUAACGUCCAGGCAAUCCAAUCUGAGUUCCUAUUCCAGCACUUCAUCCAUCAGCUCACUCAAAAGUAAGUCACACAUGGAUCCCAUACAUCCUACCGCAAUUCGACAGCACAGCACCAUCAGCUCGCAAGUCAGGGCAAUGACCGAACAGAGCUGGCCUCAGUCGCAAAAAACUUUAAGCGGACCUCCCGCGUCAUUAGCGGAACAAUUGAAACAAGUUUUAGCAGAAAGAGAAAAAAGACUUGGUGGAAAUGAUUCUUCGCGAGAGAGCUCCGGAGACUUCACUGAUCUCAACAAUCCUCAUAAUAACGAUCCCACUAUGGUGACGCAUCAUCUUGUUGAAGAAAUACGACAGGCUGUUAAUGAGGCUAAUCAAAGAGCGAAAAAGGUGUCGAUUCCUCCGUCAAAUUUGAUUACCGGUGGAGGAGCUCCUUGGCAUCAUCCAGGAAGUUCUCCUUCAAGCUUAUCCUCCGGCGGUUCUGUGAGUCCUCCUGGCGUUGAUCCUAGUCCUUCGAAAGCUGGUAUUACAGAUUCGAGCACAGUUUGGUUGCCCGCUCACCUAAGCGACUUUGGUUUAGGUGACAAGAAAUCUCAUUUUUGGCAAAAUGCACCGGUCACAGAUUGGUCUAAAGAGCAAGUUUGCCAGUGGUUAGCGGGAAUUGGUUUAGAACAUUACUCUCCUCAAUUUUUGGAUAGUGGCAUCAACGGAAGUAAUCUGUUACGCUUAGAGUCGAGAGAGUUGAAGGCUCUCGGGAUCUACGGUGACUCAAAGGCUCAUCUGAAACGCAAGCUGAAAGAGUUAAGGGCUCAGGCCGAUCGCGAGCGCAAAGAACGCAAAGAGAUCGAACGAAUGCGGCGAAAAGCGGAAAAAGCCGCACGGAAAAAGUAGCAUGCGAACGCACUAGAUGCGUUCGAUAUCGAUUAAAUUAUCCGAGAAGAAUGGUGUGGAUCUUCCGGACGCGACUGAUAUACAGGGUAUCUCAAAAGAGGUAAAUUUAAGGAGAAUGACUUAAUGGUGCGGAUUUUAUAUUAAAAUCUAAAUCGACGGAUUACGUUUUAUCGAGAAAAAAUAAAGAAAUAUAAAAUUUAAAUAACGCCGUCCAUUUCAUACAGGGUGUUGCGUAGAAAGCUGCGUGCUCUUUGAAAAAGUAUGUCAUCUUCGUCGAGCAGUCAUAUUCAUUAAAAGAGAAUUUUAUUCUAUUUAUUAUUCUCGAAACUACUUGAAAAAAUUAAUGUAAAAUAAUUAAAACAUUCAAGUGAUUCUAAGAAAUAUUAUGAUGUUUUUACUGUUAUUUAUUAUUAGGAAUUAAUUACAAAAAGUAUUAAAUACUUUAGUAACUAAUUGUCAAUUAUUGAUAAUAUAUAUUUUCUACUUUUAAUCAUGCUUAAUUGUAAGAACAAUUAGUUAUUAAUUUUUGUUAAUUUUAAUUAUUUCCUAAUA